CCCUCUCAAUCUCCAGCCAGAGCCACUGAGAGUUAGCAAAUAGAUCGAUCUCUCAAUCUUUUGUGUCGCUUCGCUCCGCACGGACUCUGAUUGAUACUGCAAGAAAUGGGGGUAUAUCUUAGCUCUCCUAAAACUGAAAAGUUCUCGGAGGAUGGUGAAAACAAUAAACUUCGAUAUGGAUCAUCCUCAAUGCAAGGAUGGCGUUCAACCAUGGAAGAUGCUCAUGCAGCUUAUCCAGAUCUGGAUGGUUCUACUUCAUUCUUUGGUGUUUAUGAUGGCCAUGGAGGAAAGAAAUUCAGUUCUUUUAUUUUCUUAUCUCUUUUAAAAUUUUUGUAUAUACAUUAUCUCCUCACAAUGUAUUGAACGUUUAGUUGUUGUGUUAUUACUUGUUUGCUUUGCCAGCUAGAAUUGCAUGAUCUAAAAGUAAUUUGUUAACUCUUUCUUUUCCUGAAAAAGUUGUAAACAAUACAUAUCUGCUGGCACUGCACCAAAUAUUUCAUAGCUUUUCCUUUUCUUGCUUAUGUAUUUUGCCUCAUCAAGGUCCAUAGGUAUAAUCAGCAAACAACUCAUUUUAUUUAUUUUUUGGUUAAAAUUAUCCUCUGCCUCUCAACCUGAAGGAACAUCAAAGCAUUUUUGCCCUUAAAGGAAUGGUCUCAGAUUUUUUUUCUUUUUAAUAUAAAUUGAAAAAGGGUAACCCUCUCUCAUUGGCUUUUGCUGUUGAUAGCCAAACAUUCAUUUAGGAUCAAGUCUCCCUCUGUCUCUUCAAAAAUAUAAGAGAGAACGUCCAUGCACCCAUUCCCCAAAUUAUAUGCUCUUUUCUCUCAGCAACAUCUAUUAAUCUGCAGGCAAAGCAGUGGCAAAAUUUUGUGCCAAGUAUCUUCACCAACAGGUGCUCAAGCAUGAAGCCUAUUUGGCUGGGGAUAUAGGAACUUCAGUUCAGAAAGCUUUUCUCAGGUUUUAUUUAUUUCUAU